AUGCUGAUAAAUUCAUUGCGACAGAACAUGGCAGGCACGACCAAGUCAAAAUCCAAGAGCAUGUGCUUCCUGCUCGACGACGAGAACACAAGUCCCAAUGGACGAGUAGAUGUGAAGAGCGCGAGACAUUCCAUGCCGACUCCGAUGCGCGCGAGGGAGGAAAAUCCAGCAGACGCCAAGAUCCAGGAGCUGCUGUCGCAGUACAAGAAAGCUCAGGAGGAGCGGAUGGAGCUCGAGUCUAGGUUCUCCUCCUCCUUCUCUAGCAAGAAGAGUGUUCUUGCUUCUGCCGAUGAGCCUCUAGAGGAUCGACAUUGCGGUGAAAAUGGCGGCAGAAACUCUGAAUAUGUCUACAUGCUAUCGUCUGAGGUUGACACCUUGAAGAAGCGACUUGAGGCAGCAGAGCGACGCGUUAGCUCGAUAGAUACAGCAGAAGCGAAGAAGCACCUUGACUUCAGCGACGUGGACAAGCAAGCAAACGGCGAACGGAUUCUGUCAGCUCUGGUGAUCUACAUCAGGCACGCGAGCAACCAGGAGGCCUCGCGCAGGCUGACAGUCGCUGCUUCUCAACCCGAGUACCUCGAGAUGGAGAGACGCCAACCUCCUCCUCGCUUCCAUCCUCGUCCAGCCCCGCCAGUCAAGCUGCCGGCCAAAACCCCCCUUGCCCCGAAGAAGCCUUCAGCUCUCCUGCUCGCCGUGACCGUCCUCGCUGGAGGAUGCCUCCUGACGCAGCAGCCUCUCCUGUUGAAAGUGCUGCGCCCACUACAGGACAUGGCCAAGCGGUUCUCGUGGGAAGCGAUCACCAGCAGAGUGAUGUGCCUGGCGCUAGCAUGCGCGCAAGUGAAGCCUGCAGCACAGGUGGAGCUGGGGUGA